UUCACAAUGCAAAGUUUGCCACGUUGCGACAACCUCUAGGAUAGCGUCAGCUCACUGCCUACCAGCAGAGUGAGAUGGGACGGACGUCAAAGGAUAAACGGGAUGUCUACUACCGCCUGGCCAAGGAGAAUGGCUGGCGGGCCCGGAGUGCCUUCAAGCUACUUCAACUGGAUGAGGAAUUCCAACUCUUCCAAGGUGUGAAACGAGCCGUUGACCUGUGUGCGGCCCCAGGCAGCUGGAGCCAGGUGCUGAGCCAGAAGAUUGGGGGCCCGAGGUCCGGUCAGGUGGUGGCUGUGGACUUGCAGGCUAUGGCUCCACUCGCAGGUGUGAUACAGAUACAGGGGGACAUCACUCAGCUUUCCACUGCCAAGGAGAUCAUCCAGCACUUUGAGGGCUGCCCUGCCGACCUAGUCGUGUGUGAUGGGGCUCCUGAUGUCACUGGCCUCCAUGAUGUCGAUGAGUACCUGCAGGCCCAGCUUCUGCUAGCUGCUCUCAACAUUGCUACGCAUGUCUUGAAGCUAGGGGGCUGCUUUGUAGCCAAGAUAUUCCGAGGCCGGGAUGUAUCUCUUCUCUACAGCCAGCUUCGUGUCUUCUUCUCCAGUGUGCUCUGUGCCAAGCCCAAGAGCAGCCGGAACUCCAGCAUUGAGGCCUUUGCUGUUUGUCAGGGUUAUGACCCUCCUGAGGGCUUCAUUCCAGACCUGACCAGACCCCUGCUGGACCACGAUUUCAACCAGCUGGAUGGGCCCACCCGUAUUAUUGUGCCCUUUGUGACCUGUGGGGACCUCAGCGCCUACGAUUCGGAUCGCAGUUAUCCUCUGAAUCGAGAAGAUGGCUCUGAGUACAGAUAUACUCCGCCCACACAGCCCCCCAUCUCACCCCCAUACCAGGAGGCCUGCAAGUUGAAGAAGAAUGGACAGCUGGCCAAGGAGGUCUUCCCCCAAGACUGCUCCAUCAACAGAAUAGACAAGUUGCCCCAGCCUCUGACUGUUCCUCUGACUGUUUCUCUGUCUAGCCCACAAGGUGGAAGACAAUGAAAUGAAUUGCUCCUC